AUGACCGCCUCCACUGAACGGCAGCAACGCGUUGCCGCUAGCUUCACACGCCAGUACUACACCCACAUGCUCGAGAGCCCGGGGGAACUGCCGGCCUUCUACACCCCGACAGCGUCUUUCCUGCACAUGGGGCGCAAGGCGCAGGGCACCGCAGAAAUUGAGGCGGCUAUCGCGGCGCUGUAUUCCGUCCAGCCCAAUGCGUCAGCGAAGAUUGACAGCCUCUCAACGGUGACGAAGAGCAAUGGGAACUUCCUGGUGACGAUCAAGGGGUCGAUCACGGCGUCUCCAGGUGCUAUUCACGACUUUACCCAUGAAGUGGAACUCACGGAGCACGAGCCGCACUCGGGAAGCUUCGGGAUAGUGUCGGACAAUCGCGAGAGCGCCCCACGCGAGGAGGCACCGAGGCGGUGGGCACUGGAGACACCACCCAUGUUUGCGAGUGAGCCCGCUAAGGACACGAUGGAGCCAAUUGAACAGCCGGCUGCGAUGACUGCCGUUGCUCCUGUAGAGAGGCCUGCCAAAGGUAAUGCUGGUAAUUCCGCAUCUGAGAAGGCUGCCCCUGCCCCUGCAGCUGCUGCUGUGGCUGACGUCGCUGCAGCUAAGCCGGCUACCGCCCCUUCAUCGCGUGCCGUGCCACCCGCCACUGCGGAGACGGAGAAGGAGACGGAGCAGUCGACAAAGGCACCUCCAACAGCUGAGCCCGCCCCGACCGCGGAGGUGAAGAAGCCAAAGAGCUUCGCUGAGGCCAUCCUGAUGGGGAAGCGCGGUGGCGCAUCGCAGGCCCACGCUGCGCCUAUCGUGGUGGUGGCGAAGGAGGGCAAAGAGCAGCAGCCCGCCGAGGUGCCGGCGAAGGAAAAUGAAAAGAAGGAGACAAACAAAGAGGACACGACCGAGAAGGAUGUGACGAAGAGUGCCCCACGGAACGGCAUAACCACAAAGAGGCCCACAGGAGUUCACGCGAGUGGCGAGGGUGAGAAGCGAAAUGGAAAGCCAACCGCCGAUCGCUCUGCUGCAGGCAACAACCAUAAGGAGGGCGGCAGUAAUAAUCGUAACAACAACAGUAACAAUGGCGAGAACACCAAGCGCAGGGACGCUGAUGGCCGCACGCUGAGCCGAUCUGUGGUUUUCUACGAUGUCAUCGUUAAGGGCCUCCCCACCGAUGCCACGGAACAGAUGGUGCGCGACAUUGUUGAACCGACUGCGCCUGUGAAGCUCGUCAAACUUCUUUCGCAAAACGACAAGAAGGACUCGAAUGUGGUGCGUACCUUUGCCUUCGUGCAGCUGGAUCACAACGCCAUCAAGGACGCCGGCGACGACGUUAAGGCGACAGUGGCGAAGGUGCUGGCGGCCAACAAGGGCAAGAAAAGCCCCGGCGGCCACCGUAUUCAAGUGGACGAGGUCCGUGAGAAGUACACUGCUGCGCCCACCAAUGCCCCGGUGGAGGUUUCCGCGUAG